AUGCCCCGCAUGCACAAGCAACAUGUAAGAACCGUCGACACAACGCCGUUUAGCGGGCAAUACGGUUCUGUCAAUGUAGGACAGUACUCCCUGCUUAAUAAUCUUUGGGGCGAACAUGAUGCUACCUCUGGCUCCCAAACCUCUCAGAUUACGUCGAUGGAGGGCAGUACUAUUGCCUGGAAAACGAACUGGACUUGGACUGGCGGAAAGGAGGUCAAGAGCUUUGCCAAUAUCCAGCUUAAUACUGGCAUCAAUCAACAGCUGAGUGCCAUUUCCAACAUGCCUUCUACUUGGCACUGGUCUCAGUCGAACACCGGAGCGGUCGUAGCUGACGUCGCCUAUGACUUGUUCACAUCUGACACAGCUGGCGGCUCGAAUGUAAACGAAAUCAUGAUCUGGCUUGCAAACGUCAACUCUGGUCCAAUCUCUGCGCAGUACAACGCUACGGGUCAAGCUGUCCCGAUUUUGGAAAACAUCUCGAUCGAAGGUCACACCUGGAACUUGUACUCUGGAUCCAACGGAUACAACCAGGUUUACUCCUUUCUCCUGACUAGUGGUACGGUCAAAUCAUUCAAGGGCGACAUUUACCCAUUCCUUUCCUACCUGAUUGAUAACGAGGGCAUGAGCUCGUCACAGUACCUCACCACUGCUCAGGCGGGCACAGAAGCUACGUCUGGAACGGCGAAAUUCACUACGUCCGCUUACAGCUUGACCAUCAACUAA